AGGUUUCUCAGUUCGGUUGAACGUCUGAUCAACGGCUCGUCGUCGCACGGUGACAUUUCCGAGACCAGGCGCAGGUGCCCGUCGUGUUUACGUCGUGCCUUUGCAUUCGCAACGGUUUAUAUUAUGCUCGCCUCAUCUUCGAUUCAAUGCUAAAAUACCCAAAGGCGAAUAGUUAGUUGUUUUUGUUUGGUGCUAAUUGUUGUGGUGGUGAUCGCAAGUGGUUUUGCGGAUCAGUUCUGUUGUGUAAAAACACACGCACACACAGCGUGUCGAAUCGUGCACCCUGCCAAGUAAAUUGCAAGAACCCCACACACCCGGGUGCUUUUGGAUUACACACGUAUACGGAAAUUGGCAGCAACUCAAAACACCUUAAACUCAAGGAUACAAGGUCGAGUAUGGUGAGUUCCCGAUCCCAGACAGCAACGUCAGCCGGCGAGGAUACCAGGAGCGAACUCCCCUACAGGAACUACUAUUCAGCGAGUGAACUUCCUACGGGGGGAGGCGGGGGUACGAACAGCGGCCCGGCCUCCCUUUCGAUGUCCGUUGACAUCCACAACCUGGUCUCGUCCUCCUCGGCACCCGUCGCAGCGCCAUGUCCCCCCAGCCCGGAUCCCGAGGGACCGCCGAACGUCGCCCUUGGAGCGAGUAAAAGCGACCCCGAGGAGGAAGAGGAGAGCUACGAGGGCUUCGGAUACGGAGACGGCGACUCGCCCGGAAGCUCGGCACCCUCGCCGACGAGGUCCAACCCCCCACGAGACGGAAGAAGUCCUCCAUGCAGCAUCGGCAGACAUUCUUGGCUCAGAACAUCGUUGAGACGAACUCCACCUAGCCAUAUGGAAGAAGGUUUACCGAACAGGCGCUGGGGUUCCUUCAGACACUCUGGGAACAAGCGGCUCAGCUCCAACGCGUUAGCAAGUCAACUCUAUCGAAGCAGCAGUUUCAACAGUUCUGGGAGAGGAUCAACUUGCGACACGGCAGACGAAAUAUACAGCGACGUGUCCCUAGAAGAUGACGUCUUAGGUCUCAGCCAUAAGGUUCAAUUGCUUCAAGAGCAAAUGGACGCUUUGGCGGACACCCGCUCUGCAGGCGAGGAACGAUACGCCAGGGCGAAACAGGAAAAUGCCACCCUACAGGCCAGGGUCCUCAUGCUUGAAGAGGCGCAGCGCGACGCCGAGACAAGAGCCGAAGAACGACUUCAGGCCGAGCAACGACGACACAGGGAGUGGGCCGGGCGUUUGGAGCGAGAGCGUCAGCUCCAGCUUGAAAAUUAUGCGAUAAGACUGCAGGCAGCCGAAGUCGAGAGUACGAAUCUUCGCGACGAGGCGGCGCGGUUACGGGAGCAGCUUGAAAAGGCGCGAGCUGACCGCGCCGCCCUUCAGGAGGCUGUCGAGGACGCUCGCCGAGAAUCUCAGGAGGCCCAGGAAGCGGAGCGCAAGGCGAUCGCCAAGGCGAACGAGGCCCAAUCACUGAUGCAGGCAGCGCGCGAGGAACUCGUCGCCAGGACUGAGGAUCAACACCGACUGGAGGAACUCGUUCAGGAAGUGACGCGGCUCCGAGCUCGGAACAAAAGUUUGGAAGAAUGCCGUGACGAGCUUCAGGCGGCAGCAGCCCUGCAAGCCGGCCGAGAGCUUUUGAUGCUGAAUCCGAUGGUCAAGGACAAUCUCAACGUGGAAGCGAGUCUGGCAGCGGAAUUGCGAGAGGGAAUGAGUCAAGAUCAGACGGACGGACAGUCGCACGCUGGUCACGGCGAGUCCUGCACUGUUUCCGAGAUGAAACAGGCCCUGAAAGAGCAACAGGAGGUAAACACCCAACUGAGGGCGUAUAUCGAUGGGAUAUUGUUAAAUAUUGUUGAAAAUCAUCCGCAAUUGUUAGAAGUUAAGCACGGGCAUUAACACACCCUCUCUAGUCCCUGACAAACUCCCUCCUGUUUUUCUUUCUCCAGAUCUCUUUGAAUUCCUCGUAUAAUAAUCCUUAUAGUAUAGACAUCAUUGAGUUGACCCACUGGUAUCUCCUGUUUAACACAUUUCACCUGUAAUUUAUGUAAUUUAUUUUAUCGCAUAAAUUAUUGUGGUUGUAAGAAUAAUAAUUACCGUAUAUCAUCAUAUUACACAUCCGAAUGUUCGAAACGUGAUAUAUCCGUCCACACGAGCGUGGAAUCAAUAUAUGUAAUACAUACACACAUGUGCAUGAUAUAAAAACAAAAAAAAAAAAAAAAGAAAGAAAGAAAAGGAAAGAAAAGAAAACAGCAAGAAAAUUAUCUAUCUAAAACAAGAAAAAUAGUGAGAAUAUAAAAUAAAUGAAUAUAUAUACAUGUGUAUAUAUUUAUAUGUAAAUAUAUAUAAAUAUGUAUAUAUGUAUAUAUAUGUAUAUUAUUGCAGCCUUCCAUUUAUUUUUUCGAUAACAAUAUUGUGUCUUUACAUAGCUGAAAAUUUAUAAAAGACGUUUUUCUUUUUUCUGUUAUAUUAAUAUUCUAAUAAUAAGAAAAUUUUUAUACUCAUGUUGUAUCAAUUACUAUCAUCGUAGGAUAUUAUAGAUAUAUACAUAUUUAGGUGUAUUAAUACAGGUACGCGUAAUCUCAAUAACCUGUUUUACGAUAUAAUACAGAUAUGAAGUCAAUGAAACGACUGUCACAAAAUUAUAUUCUCAAUCGUCAUAUUGAAAGUUUUGAAAUGAUCCGUUGUUAGGAGUCAUGCAGUAUAAUUUAACGCUUCAAUGUGUAUUAAUCCAUACAUUGACUGUGAUUGGACAGAGUUAGAUCUGCGGCUAUGUUUGCAAUGUAUGAAGUCCCUCGGAGAUCGAAAAUAUGGUAUAAUAUUAUAGCGCGUUACUUAAUGUGUAAUAAUAAAUAAUUGAAUUUAGUCUUAUAAUAAUUGAGAGAGAAGAAGGAUAUAUAAAUAUAGAUAUUUUCUUAUCAUCCGCAACGUUUUCUCCCAUACUGUAAUAUGGCCGUCCCUUCAACGUCCUUUGCCGGAGGCGCCGUCGGUAUUUCACCGAUGAAAAAGUCCACGACAAACAGAUUGUUAACGAUACGAAGAGCUGCGUGUUUUAUGCAUCUAUUUAAUCGUUUAGAUUCAUAGUUAUGAAAGGAAUAUGCAUGUGUUAUACAGUAGUUGUGUGUAAACUUAAAACGCGUGCAACCCCACAGCAGCCGUGUAUUGUACAUCAUUUUGUCGGCAUGACCCAUCUCUAGAUAUUUUCAAUUAGCAAAUUUUAAUAAACUAGACUGGGAAUAAUGCUACUUAACAGGCCUUCCAUUGUACGCAAAGUUUUUUUUUUUUUCAAGUAUCUAGACACAUUAUCGGUCAUCAUUUAUUUUGGGUUACAUACCUACGUCAACGAAAAAUAUUUUAUAAAAAUGUUGCGCCGUAAGAUUAUGAAAAUCUAAUCAUAUUUGUUACUAUUCCAAGAUGGAAAUAUCCCACAUAUACAAUACUAUAUAAAUAAUGUAUCAAAUUACUAUCGUGGGUCACAUAAGAUAUGGAAAAUUGAAAAUAUUCUACUAACGGUUGUUUCGGGUCGCAUGGAAAAUGUUUUUGAAAAUCGAAUAAUUAUUCCGUAUACUAGAAACAUGCCCAUAUUACAGAAGUACGGAAAAAAGAAACAAAACGAAGUUCACUUUUAAUUGUUGUAAGGGAACUUCUUUUUAUUUUUUUUUCCUUACUUCUGUAACAUAGACAUGUCUGUAAUAUGUAGAACAAUUUUUGAUUUUAUUUUUUGCGAAUAAAGUACAGAUCUGAGGAGGACCCCCUUCGAAGGGCAGAUACGUCAGAAAACAGUUGACGGCUUAUUUACUGACCUCAAAAUGUUGAACUUAUCUUUACCUCACAAUAUGCAGACUGUUGUUUCUAAAAAUUGUCGUGAUCGCCCUUGCAGUAACGUAGUAAUAUCUCUUUCAAUUCUUAUAUACUUACAUCCAUAACUUGUCUUGUACUAAAAAUGAGUGGAAGACCUGCUUGAACGGAAAGAUAAUAAAUUGACUUGAAUGAAGUUUGGGAAUAAUUGCAAUAAAUUGGGUCCCUGUCUAUCGAUCUGUAUACAUACUUGAAUAUUAUUAACGGCAGAUUUGUAAAUAUAAUUCCGCAUCUGCGAAAUCUAUAAAACGGCUCAAAUACGAAAUGGCGGAAAUAAUAAUGUAUAAAAUAAACUUUAAUAUGUACAAGUUGAAAACGUGUGUAUAAUGUUUAUAGAGUAGCCUUAACCCGGCAAAAUAUAUAUAUAUAUAUCUACAAUUGUAAACCUAUUUGCCAGUAGAAGAAGCUGAAUCUCUUAUUCUAACUAUGUAUAUUAUAACUGAAUUACCAACGGUGCUGAAGCUGUCUCCAGAACAGAUUUUUCGUAAUCGGUUCACAGAGAUUUCUGCACCAGCCUCUUUACGAUGUGCAGAUAUACCGUAAGUCCAAAUCACGAUGGGUUUUCGAUUGUACAACUGGCCGAUAAUUUCAUCGAAUCUCGUGAAAUUUAUGCCAUUUAUAAUUGUCUAUAUCGUUUAAUCGCGACGUUGCGAUCGGUUGAUUUUUUGAUAAAUGAAAAAUAAAUACGCAACAAAACUGACAUGAUCUACAAUUGCUUCAUCUGCUUGCGUUUGCGCGCAAGUACUUUACCUUUUAGAAAAUCAUUCCGCCCUCCAAAUCCCAGUAGCAGUAUUUUCGUCUAGAUUUUUGGCUACAGAUGUGAAUAUGUGUGUAAGUAAAAAAAAACGGACUGAUUCAGACUAUCUUCUUUACAAUAUAAACGUCAACCUUUAUUUGAACUGGAUUUUUUGUUAUGUGUAUUGAUAAUAUGGCCGUAAUAUUUAAUUUUUAUAUUUCCAAUGGUGAUAUAAUAAUGAUAAUAAUAAUAAUAAUAAUAAUAAAUCGUAUCACAAGUAUAUAACUACACCCACACCUACGCGAGGAUAGUUGUAAUAUUUAAUAUUAAUAUUUAUUUCUAAUAAAUCGAAAAUCUGCAUAAUUGUUAAUAUUAUUUUCAAAUAAAUUAUACAUUCGUGGGAGGAUUGCGCUAAAGAAAGCCAUAACGUAGAGCUGAAUCCGACUUCUAGUAACUACAGAUUAAUCGAGCCACAUGGUAGAUAAAGGCAUUAUCGUUAUAAUGUAAUGUGUACAGAUUAUGGAUAAAAAUAUGGAAAAUUUGGACCUACAUACAUAUACCUAUAAUAUUGUAUGUAUAGUCAAUUUGCGAUCCGAAGUCUCGAUAUCAUCGGUAAAAAUUAUGAUGGCACGAGAAUCGUUUUUGAAUUUAUAAUUUCGAACUCGUGACCGUAGCUGUCUGCGAAUAUGUCACAUACUGUAAAAACGAAGACACAGUGACAAAUAGUGUAAUAAAUUGCGGGCAUAAGGGGGAUUUUAAUUCGAUCAGCUAGUCACCUCAAAGCUCAGUUCUUUGAUUUGCAUUAUUUUUUUUCUGCACUUUAUUU